AUGUCAAAAAAUAGAAAAGUGUAUUGGAAAUGUAAAAAACAGGUUAUUCAACAAUUACCUAAAGUCCCGUUAGAGAAUGCAGUAUUUAAAGAUCUAAUAGAAGAUGACCUGAAACCUGGUACUAGAAAAGCUGAAAUACUCAUAAAAAGAUGUGUUAGAAGAUUAGCAAAUAAUAAAAGCAAAAGCAAUAUUUACUGUAAAGAAGUAUACAUUAAAUCAAGUGAUUUAACGCGGUUAUAUAGUGAUGUCAGUAAUAGACAACAUUUUAAUAAUUUAAAUGAUGAAAUUAUCCUCAACUAUACCUAUAAUGAAGAAGACUUCACUAUGAUUAAAAAUUUUAAAGAAAAACAGCUACCGGCUGUACGUAUCCUAACUGAUGAAGAUUAUAGAUGA